AUGAGAAAAUUACUGUCGGAGCUCACCAUGCCUUCAAGGAUAGAAUACCUCUGUUUGUUCUGGAUAAUUUGCUUCGUAGUUUGUGAUCAACCUGUUGAUGCUCAGACCGAUAACUUGUAUGACACCAUACGGAACAAUGUAAACACAACAAAGUUUGCAGAUUUCAUCGACGCGCUGGAAAUGAAAAGGGAGUUUGUGGAAGCUUCUUGCACCAGCAGUCAACCUCAAUGUCUGACAGUCUUCGUUCCGAACAACCAGGCCGUGGAACUGAUCAUUCAGCUUCCCCAAUGGAAUGAACUGUCAUUAGCCAGCAAACGUUUGGUCAUCUGGGGCCAUAUUCUGAAAAGCACGAAAAGGAUAACGGCGGUCGAUUGGUCACAAAUGGGCACAUCCCAAAACCUGAAGGAUGUGGGAUUCGGUACAGGAAGGAGUGUGUCCUUUGGGUUUUCCAUCACACAUUAUGCCUUUCAGUCUCAGCUAGGAACAAAUCUAGUGUACUUUAUUGACGUUGCUCGACUGGUUCAACCGGACAUCAGUGCUAGCAACGGUAUGGUUCACGUGAUCAACCAGAUGCUGUUCAUGCCUUGGGAGAACACAAAUUUCUACGAGUAUAUCUCGCAACAAAAGAACUUGCAAACGAGUGCAGAACUGUGGUUUCAACUUGGCAGUACUGGAACCUAUCAACCUUUUGUCAGUCAGCAGCAAGGAAGUUCUCCAUUGUAUUCCACCUUUUUCGUUCCAACCGACGAGGCGUGGAAAAGCCUACCGGCUGACAAGCUAGCGAUGCUCAAGUCCAACACAUCACUGCUUGCUGAAGUUUUCGCCUCUCAGUAUCUACCGAACCAAAUCGUCUACUCUCAGUGGACCGCGGACUUUCCGCGAAUCAUGGUACGUAGCGGAUUCCCUUCGACUCCACUCUCGCCUGACUGGAGCAAGACCACAUCCUCCAUGCUUUCACGAGAGUCGGACGGAAAAGUCCUCGUUAGCAGCGGAGCGGCCCAGUCAGAAGUUGUCGGACAUGGUGUCGAAAUCAAGCAGGCUGUUGUGCACACUAUCAAUUCCGUGCUCGGAUUUGUGUACGAGACUCGAGAGGAAAUCGUGCGCCGACUGAACCCAACGCUAUGGCAAGCCUGUCAGGCCGACCAAAAUUGCCAAUCGAUGCUCAGCACGCAGGCCCAACUAACCUUUUUCGUUCCAACCAAUCAGGCAAUGAUGCGGUUCAAUCAGAUGAACAGUACUCACAAGUCAACGUUUCUACGCUACCUGGUCAUACCUGGACAGAUAGAGGUUCAAGAAAUGACACCCGAUCUAUACAUAACAAUCGAUGGUUUGGCCAGAGCCAUCCGUUUCCGAUUGACUACCACGGAUGUUUACGUUGAAGGACGUCUUCCGGGACAGGGUUACGUGGGUGGCCGUCUGAUUAACGUGAAUCAAGUAGCAACCAAUGGAAUCGCGCACGUGAUUGACCAUAUACCAGGCCUUCCUUACCAAACGGUCCAACAAUACUUGGCUCAGACGCCUGAAUUCUCGAAGUACAGCGAAUACCGCUUCGUGGAGACGCUCACCGAAGGUGGACCUUAUAUUUAUUUCGCUCCAACAAAUGAAGCCCUACAAAUGAUGGAGAACGACACCGCUCUAGGUCUUCGUCUUCUGGGAGACCUUGACAAAAGGACUUGCAUCUUUCAAAGAAUCACCUUCCCUCUCCUCACACUCUUUGCCGACUUGCCAGCCGGGUAUUAUGGAGCACCAACGGCCAAUUUCGCAUUCUCCCGAGAACGACUAAACAUUUCUGUGCCCAUUGACAAAACAAAAUUGACCGUCAGAUUCUUUGAUCAAUUCUCAGUCAUCGCCCCUGCUGAAGAUGCGUAUCAACUCAGCGACGGAUGGGUAUAUAAGAUCAACAAGGUGUUCUACAGACCAGAAGAUAUGAAUUUGAUGGCCUGUAUCAAGCCCAAGAGAAACUGAAAUGUCUCUAGAAAUAACGCACACGCGAUUGCCCAAUCAGAAUCGGUUGCGUUUUGAUUGGUUUUUGUAAACAAUCUUUUGUCCACUUGUCUUGUUUAGCUCGAAUCCACACCUUUUUGAGUUUUGUACUUUUCCAAACCAAAAUUUAUAAUUCACGCAGGUUAGUCCAACUGUCUGUGUUCUCGUUGGUGGUGAAUAACACCUAGGGUCUUGAAGAACUCGGUAAUCAGUCUUUUCGAUGUCACAACGGGAUUCACAUUCUAAUCACUCUCAGUCUUUUUUCAUGUGCAGUCAUUAAGGAGAGUCCAUACGACUGGCCCUCAUCGGCAGUAUGCAGGGCGUCUCAUAAGAGACGCGAACUUUGAUUGGGUAAGUAAACGUAGCCAGUCAGAAGAAAGAUAACAAAGUUUUCCAUUAUUAGUAGCCGCAUAUAGGAGGAUUUGUAUGCAAGUGUUGACAUUUUUUUCUUUUUGCGAGGGAUGUCAGUACGCGCACUGAAAUUGUGAAACUCUAUUAUUCCAUUGGUGAAAGCGCCACUGCUGCACUUCGUGGUUACAAAACCAAACAUGGUCUCAUCAAAGAUCCUUUCACCAUAUCGACCAUUACACGGUUGAUUGCAAAAUUUGAGUCCACUGGAUCUUUAUUGGAUUUUCCUGGCAAAAGGGAGAAAGCCUCUGAGUGAUGGAAGAGUGCCCAUUGUACAGAAUGCCGUCGAGCAACUUUAUUACAAAACAUCACGAAGAAGAUAAGGAGCAACGUGUCCACUUCGCUAACCGGCUGCUGG